AUGUGCAACGCUGGCUGCGGCUUGAAAGCUCAGCCUGGGGACCGGCUUGACCAGAGGGAGAGCUGCAUUCCUGUCCCGGCUGCCGGCGGAGUUCUAGUGGCAGGAGGGAUCGUGGCCGUGGCAGCGCAGUUCAAAGGCUGGCCGUUUGCUGCUUAUUCCAUAGCAGCUGGGGUCUUUGUCUGCUUGCUGGAAUACCCCCGGGGGAAGCGGAAAAAGGGCUCCACCAUGGAGAGAUGUGGUCAGAAGUACUUGACAGCCGUGGUGAAGAUUUUUGGGCCGGUCACUAGGAAUUACUACGUCCGGGCCAUCCUGCAUGCUGCCCUGGCGGUGCCUGCGGGUUUCCUGUUAUCCACCAUCCUGGGCACUGCGUGUCUGGCCAUAGCAAGUGCUAUCUAUUUAUUGGUAAGUACACAGGCCUGUCACCUUACCUGCCUCGUGAGCUGAAGAAUAGGAGCUCUA